UUCUGAAUCUGCUCUUGCGAAUUACUUGUUUUUCUACCUAGUUUAUAACGCUAAAUGAUGUCCCAUUAAAAUUACCAAAUUAUUUUAAUUUGUGACAGCUCAAACAUGCUUUUUAGUCUGGGACUAGCCUUAAGCUUGGUCUGUGAAACCAGGGGAAAAUGUUUUUGUUGCUGUCUACAUGCUCAGUGUAUCUAUAUGCUCUUUCAAACAGUGAAUACACUGGCUAGGCAUAAAUACCUCUUACAAGCCCACUUCAAAACUAUUGAACUAUCCCUUUUAAUAUGAAUGAAUAUGACAGUGGAUGUAUUAACAUGUCUAUACUAAAUUCAGUAUUUUUUUAAAGUUAUGUUCAUAUCUUAAGGUUCAGUGAGCAAGCAUUAUGAAAUGUAAAAGACAAAAUGUGAUGUGUAUGGAAAACCUUUUAUCUAUAAAUGUAAAUAUUUCAGAUUCAGCAUGUGUAAUGAACAUGACAUUGAUUUAAAUGAUGAAAAUGUUUUGGUUACAGAGAAACUUUGUGGCAACACGGAAACGAACCCUGGAACCACCAGAAAUCCCAACCAAGCAAGCAAAAAUAAGUGACGUAAUUGCACUGGGUGCAAACAAACGUGUGCCACAGGCAAAGGUCGACAAGCUCAUGAUUAACUUAAUUUGUGAGGGUCUUCAUCCAUUUUCUUUGGUUGAACAACCUGCUUUUAAAGAACUUUUACUUACACUGAAUCCUCAAUGCAAGGUCAUAUCCAGACCCACUCUCCAGACCAGAAUUGAUGAAGCUGCCAAUCAGUUGAAGAAGACUUUGUUGUCACACCUCAGUAAAGUCCGCUAUGUUGCCACCACUACUGAUUUCUGGACUGCGCACCAGCAAAGUUACAUAGGGGUGACAGCUCAUUGGAUAGAUGAGGAUACCUUAGAGAGGAGAUCCGCCGCGUUUGCUUGCCAGAGAUUGAAAGGGUCACACACCUUUGAUGUUUUGGCAGGCACUCUUGAUGACAUUCAUUGUCAGUAUAGAAUAAGGGGAAAAGUGGUAAAAACCACAACAGACAGCGGCUCAAACUUCAUCAAGGCAUUCAGUGUGUUUGGUGAGCAAAGCCAGACUGAGGAAGCAGAGUCAGAAUCAGAUCAAGACUCUUCUGAAGAGCCCAAAGCUGAUUACCUGGACACAUUCAGCAUCCUGGAACAAGAAAGUGGUCUUGAGUACCAGCUUCCUCCACAUCAAAGGUGUGCAUGCCACCUGUUAAAUUUAGUCACCACAACAGAUGCUGCUUUGGCAGAAAAGAACAAUGACACAUACAAACGGCUAUCAUGUGCAGCCUUUGGGAAAUGCCAAGCAAUGUGGAACAAGUCAGGUCGGUCAUACAUGGCAGCAGAAAUUGUAGAAGAUAAAUGCAAGCUCCAGCUCAUCCGGCCAAAUCAGACUAGGUGGAACUCUACAUACAUGGCUGUGGAGAGAAUCGUAAGGAUCAUACAAGAGAAUGGUGAAGACGCUAUCAGAAAUGUCUGUGAAGAAUUCAAAGUGAAAAACGCUGAGUCCAGCUGAAAUUGUUUUCCUGACUGAGUAUUGCACUGUUAUGAAACCUGUUGUGAAGGCAUUGAACAUUCUUCAGUCUGAGACCAACACACACAUGGGGUGGCUCCUGCCAGUGAUCUUCCAGUUACAAGCCAAACUCAGCAGACUGGAGACAUCCUCCAAGAUGUGUCUGCCCCUUAUCAAGUUCAUAUAGUAAGGAUGAACACACAAAUACACUGUAAAGAUAUACAGAAGGGCAGGGCAAUUAAAAAAAUAAAUAAAAAGUUACCAUGUUGUUCAUUUGACAGGUUUGUUAUUUGACAGGUCUGUUAUCUGAAAAUGGCACAGUUUUGUCUUAAUUACUUGAAGGUCCCUGGCCCAAUUUAGAUUUAAAGUUUUGUAGUACGACUCAUUUGUAUUUAAGAAAAGGAUGCUCUACUGAAUCCACAGUUCACAGCCAUAUUCAGUGGUUGUGUUGUUUAAAAUGUUUUAUGGGAUGAUCUGCACUAAAAUGACUCAUAUCUCCCUAAAUAAUUUAAAUGGUUUUUAUUUUUAUUUAUUUUAUUUUAUUACAUUUUUUUAUUAUUGCACUUUAAUUUGUAAAGGUGUUCCUUCAAUUAAAAACAAAUAGUUUGAGUUUUAUAUCCCCUUGUCUUUUUUGAACUACACUAGAAUCCCCUACCCCACCCCUGCUGUUAAAAAAGUAACUUGGUAACUUUUACUCUGAGUAAAUUUUUAAUGAGCUACUUUUUACUUUUACUUGAGUAGAUUUUUAGACAGGUAACUUUACUUGUACUUAAGUAAAAUUUUACUGAAGUAGCAGUACUUUUACUUGAGUACAAAAUUUUGUUACU